UGAGAGAGACGAUUCGGUUGCGAACUUGCGAGGCGCAUGUCUUGUUUUUGGCUCUACACACCCACCGCUCUUUAACCCCAAACACAAACAAAACGCAAACCUCAACGCUACUGAUCAUUUUAAUUACAUACCAAAAUAAAUGACGACUGCGACGGUGACGGCGUCGUUUAGUCCAAAGCGGUCGAGUAACGGCCACCGGUUUGAACAGCCGGAGGAAACGACGUCGUCCCUUGGCGGCGCAAUGCUGCCUAAGUUUCUCAGCGACCUCAGCCAGGACUUGGUCGAAGUGACUUUAGAGCUCAACGACGACAACGACGAGAUUGUCUUGUGCAGCGUCGCUCCGGCGGCCGACGACGUGUCGGCGGCAGACGGGAUUCUGCCGCGGAGCAUGUCGGCGACGUCGAGGAGAAUUCGGCGGACGUUCGGGUGGCUGAGAUCGGCGUCUUCGAGGACCACGGAGUCAAAUUCCGAGCCGGUGGAGUUCGCUCUCUCUGCUCGCGAGGCUCGCCGGCUCAAAGCCAAGCUUCAACGGACGAGAUCGAGCGCGCGGCGAGCUCUCGACGGGCUAAGAUUCAUCAGCAGGACGACUGUCGGCGCAAAUGGAGCCGAGGAGCAGUGGAAGCAAGUGGAGGCGAGGUUCGAGUCGCUCGCCGACGACGGCUUGCUAGCUAGACCAGACUUCGGUGAAUGUAUAGGGAUGGUGGACUCGGAGGAGUUUGCGGUGGGGAUAUUUGACGCAUUGGCGAGGAGGAGGGGACAGAACAUCACCAAAAUUACGAAAGAGGAGCUUCGCGAGUUUUGGUUGCAAAUUUCAGACAGCAGCUUUGAUGCGCGCCUUCAAAUUUUCUUUGACAUGGCCGAUAGCAAUGAAGAUGGAAGAAUCACAAGGGGAGGAGUGCAAGAGCUUAUAAUGCUCAGUGCUUCUGCAAACAAGCUAUCUAAGCUCAAAGAACAAGCUGAAGAAUAUGCUUCGUUAAUAAUGGAAGAACUCGAUCCUGAAAACCUCGGUUACAUUGAGUUAUGGCAACUGGAAGCACUGCUUCUACAAAGAGACGUCUACAUAAACUACAGCAGGCCACUGAGCACAGCAAGUGUGGCUUGGAGCCAGAACCUGAGCUCCUUUAUGCCCAGGAACCUGUUUCGUAGACUGAGCCGUUCGCUUCAGUGUUUCAUGCUGGAGAAUUGGCAGAGGGGUUGGAUUAUACUGUUGUGGGUUAUUGCCAUGGCCUCUCUCUUUGCAUGGAAAUUCGACCAGUACAGAAAAAACAGGGCAGCAUUUCAGGUCAUGCGCUAUUGCUUGCCUGUGGCCAAAGGGGCUGCAGAGACUCUCAAGCUCAACAUGGCUCUCAUCCUCCUACCGGUCUGUCGAAACACGCUGACGUGGCUCCGGUCCACCAGGGCUAGGUCCUUCAUCCCAUUUGAUGACAACAUUAACUUCCACAAGAUUAUUGCAUUUGCUAUAGCCGUUGGGAUAAUCGUUCAUGCCGGGAACCAUCUGACAUGCGAUUUUCCUCGCCUGGUAAACUCAUCUCCAGAAAAAUUUGCCCCACUUUCCUCUGAUUUCCAUGGCACAAAACCAACCUACAAAUUCCUGCUCACUGGAGCUGAAGGCGUGACUGGAAUUUUAAUGGUGAUUUUAAUAGCCAUCUCAUUCACACUAGCAGCACGUCGGUUUCGAAGGAACAUGGUGAGGCUUCCUGCGCCCUUCAACAAGUUGACUGGAUUUAAUGCGUUCUGGUAUUCUCAUCAUCUGCUAGGUCUGGUCUACGUUUUGCUCCUCAUCCAUGGAAGCUGCUUGUAUUUGGCCCACAAGUGGUACGAGAAAACGACAUGGAUGUACAUCUCUGUUCCAUUGUUGCUCUAUAUAGCAGAACGCAGUGUGCGAACAUGCAGAUCACAGCAUUAUUCAGUUAAGAUACUAAAGGUUUCGGUCCUACCAGGAAAUGUCAUUAGCUUAAUCAUGUCCAAACCGCCUGGGUUUAAGUACAAAAGUGGACAAUACAUAUUUCUACAAUGCCCAACAAUCUCCCCAUUUGAAUGGCACCCAUUUUCCAUUACCUCAGCACCAGGAGAUGAUCACCUCAGUGUUCACAUCCGAACAGUAGGCGACUGGACUCAAGAAUUGAAGCGAGUCAUUGCUGAGGGAGAUGAUUCAACAUCUGUUGAUCAUCAAGCGAGACUUGUUCAUAUAGGAAAUCUGGAUCAGAGAGGCCAACCCAGAUUGUUUGUAGACGGUCCAUAUGGGGCACCAGCACAGGAAUACCGGAACUAUGACGUCUUGCUCCUCGUCGGACUUGGGAUUGGAGCUACCCCUUUUAUAAGCAUCCUUCGAGAUCUACUUAACAGCACGAAAACAGCAGAAGAACAAAUGGAUUCAAAUACAGAAACUAGUAGAUCAGAAGACAGCCAGAACAGUUUUACAUCUUCAAGUUUGACACCCGGGGACAAGAAGAAAUCACAGAGGACUACAAAUGCUCACUUCUAUUGGGUUACCAGAGAGCCUGGCUCUUUUGAGUGGUUUAAAGGAGUCAUGGAUGAGGUUGCAGAAAUGGAUCAGAAAGGUCAGAUUGAACUGCACAACUACCUUACGAGUGUCUACGAAGAGGGUGACGCAAGGUCAACUCUAAUCACAAUGGUCCAAGCUCUCAACCAUGCCAAACAUGGUGUCGACAUCCUAUCUGGCACCCGAGUAAGAACUCACUUCGCAAGACCAAAUUGGAAAGAAGUGUUUACCAAGAUAGCUUCCAAGCAUCCAUAUUCUACAGUAGGGGUAUUCUACUGUGGGAUGCCAAUGUUGGCAAAGGAGCUGAAGGUGCUAUCACACGAGCUCAGUCACAAGACAUCCACACGUUUUGAGUUCCACAAGGAGUAUUUUUAAAACUAGAGAACCAUCAUCAAAAGAACAAGCAGCCAUUCUUUUCUACUCAUUUUGAUUAUCGAUAGAGGAAAAUAAUUAUAUCUGUAUAAUGAUCGUAGCUCAGAAAGAUGUAAAUGCAAUUGUUUGUCAUAUACGUAGAAAUAUCAUCCAAUAUAAUACAAAGUUCCAAAAAAAAUGAAAACUUUUCU